AUGGCAACGAAUUCCUCAGAAGUCAAUCCCGUCUUCACCCUCAUCAUACAUCACCAGAAUGACACCGCCGCUUUAUCUCCUAUCAUCGCUCCGCCAUGGGUGAACGACCUCGGCUUCCGCGGCACGUCGGGCAUCCUCGUGAGCUGCGUGGGCACCCUCCUGGCAUGUGUUUACACGGCUCUGCACCUCGACAUGCCCGCCCUCGUCGCGCCAGAGAUGGUCCUCUACGUCGCUGCGCAGCAGUUCAUAGAGGCCAGGGCCCUCGUCAAGGAGCUGAACGAGAUACAGCGUAGAUUUACACACAGUACGGACGAGGACUUCACGCUCGAGUACACAUUCUUCGUCCUCAUGGGCGGACUGCAGGUCGACGUAACCCAGCUGCUUUCGGAUAAUGUUCGACGGUACCAGUCAUAUCACGCUCGGAUACUUAUCGACGACUCAAUUCCGGAAAAGCUCAUAUUGUCGCCUCGAGGACUGCUCGAGUUGGCCAAACACGGUCAAUUCAUUCGCGUACCACUGGCUACCAUCGUGGACAAGAGCAAGUCCGACGGUCUCAAGAAGGGUCUUGUUGUGGGCCAGCUGGUCUGGAUGGUAACCCAGUGCAUCACGCGCAAGGUGUACGGGCUUCCGCUGUGUCUGUUAGAGGUUCAUACCGCGGUUCAUGCCUUUUGCGCUCUUUACCUGUAUCUAUUUUGGCUGAAGGUGAGCCACUAUGCCUGGCCUGAACCACAAGCCAUAACACUAGCAGAGGCACAGAAACCACUAGAUAUCAGCGAUCCCGAAGUCAUCAAGCCAGGACCCCUCGAACACCUAUUUGGCUUCAUGGUCCAGGAGCAGUUCUACGACCUCCAGAACACGCAACUCAUGAUUUACCCAGCCUGGACGGCUGCCAGCGCCACGUGGUACCCCAAGACCCUGUCCGCGCAGAUGAGCAAUCCUAACGUCUUCACCUGCCAACUGGACGAGAAGCGCGAGCCCGUGCCCGUGGAAUGGGUAGAUGAAGCAUGGGGACCCGUCACGCUUGAGCCUGGACAGGCACUCAAGUGCGGCAUUGGGUUGCUCCAGCGCGAUCACAGCCCCGACCCCGAUCAGACCUGCGAGAAAUCCGAACCUGAGAAUGCAACAUCCGCAUUGACGCCACCGGCCGCAGGUGGAGACGAACUCGAACCCCAAGAAGUCCUCGUAGCCGACUAUACCGACCAGACACGCUGGAAGGCCAUGCUCGACUUCCUCUUCACCAUGCACGGCGACACCUCCACCGCGCCCUACCUCUUCCACCCGACCCCCGGCCCGCGCUUUCCCGACCGCCACUACCACGACGCCUUCACUCUGCAGACCAGCAACCUGCCGUCCCUUAAGUCCGGCCUGCACACGUGGGACCUCGUCUCGUCCAUGUCCUCACAUCCCCUGCUGCAGGCCCUGUUGCUCACGCUCCCGCCCUUGUACGGCGGCAUCCACCUCGCGGCGUGUAAUUUCACCUUCCCGACCUUCGGGGAGCAGAUAUGCUGGCGGGUGGCGUGUAUGUUGAUAAUCACGGCGAUUCCACUUGUGGUGGUGCUGAAGUGGUGUUGCUUUUGGGGCGAGCAGAUUGUGCUGCGGUGCGGGUUCUGGGCGAAGCUGGGGCCGCGGUUCUUUGUUAGGUCGCAGAAGGCGAUGCGAUAUGCCCCGUUGGGUGCGUAUGCGCUGGCGCGGCUGUUCAUUGUGGCCAAGAGCUUUGCGAGCUUGAGGAGGGUACCGAUUGGGGUGUUUUGA